CGUGGUUGCUUCCCAUCCAGUCCGGCGCAGUGUUUGCAAACACCUUGAACGCCAAGCGAGAGACGAAGGGGGGGGGAGACCGACGGACGGACGCUCGGCUGCUACACUGCUGCUGAAAACAAGCGCCUCUUCGCGUGCUUCGCAGGGGACCGCUGUCAUUCCUUCUACUGGCUGUUAUUUUGGUUUCUCUUCUACCCGAGAAAACUCAUUUAACUGCAUUUUUAAUUUUUUUUUUUUUAAAUAAGCUCUGGGAAAAAUGGAUGUUCUACCGAUGUGCAGCAUCUUUCAGGAACUUCAAAUAGUUCACGACACGGGCUAUUUCUCAGCCUUACCAUCACUGGAGGAGUACUGGCAGCAGACAUGCUUGGAGUUGGAGCGCUACCUUCAGAACGAGCCCUACGUCUCCCCGUCCGACCUCAAGUUUGACAGCCAGGAGGACCUCUGGAGCAAGCUGAUCUUGGCCUGCGGGGACAAGGCCAAGGCAGAGUCCGACCCCAAGCUGCCCGUCUCGGCCCACGACGAGGACAAUCAGGACAGCCCAAUCUUGGACACCAACAGUGUGAAUUCGGACGCCAGCAGUGAGGCGUCGGACAGUUCCGAGGAGCUCUCGCCCACUCACAGCUUUACCUCCAACCCCCUUGGCUCCGUCCUGGCCGGCUCUGGACCUUUUAGCCCCUCCGUCAUAAGCACACCCCCGUCCUCUCCGGAGGCCACCUCUGAGGCCGGCGGCGUGACCGGCGGCUGGGUCGCCGCCCAGUUGCACUUGCCGGUUAAAAGCCGGAGUGGCGGGUCGGCGAAGGGUGUGGAAAAGACGGUACUCAUGUGCGGGGACGCGUCACCGGACGGCAGGCGGCGAGUACACCGGUGUCAGUUCAACGGGUGUCGCAAGGUAUACACGAAGAGCUCCCACCUAAAGGCACACCAGCGGACGCAUACAGGUGAGAAACCGUACCGGUGUUCGUGGGAGGGCUGCGUAUGGCGCUUUGCACGAAGCGACGAGUUGACCAGACACUUCAGGAAGCACACCGGGGCAAAGCCAUUCAAAUGCAGUCACUGUGACAGAUGUUUCUCCAGGUCUGACCAUCUGGCCCUUCACAUGAAGAGGCACGUCUAGAGCGGGGGCGAGCUCCAACCAACAGCGACCAGGGGGGCAAAGUUGUUGUAAAAAGGAGAGCGAGGGACAAAGAGACAGAGAAGAGAGAGCGGGGAGGAGGGGGGGGGGGGAGGAGAAACCUGCCGUCUCCCAACCAGUCUCUUGAUGGAACUGUCCCUGAGCAGAGUGGCGGGGAGUGUUUCCAGCCAAAGCAUGCCGUUUUGCACCAUACUGAAACCCAGUGCCUCCGGGACCUCUAUUUGGAGAAAAGGUGCUCUGACGGUUUUCUAUUGCGACAAAAAAGGACAAAUCCAUGGACGAGGACAAGAGGGAGGGGGCGGGAUGAAGAAAUCUUUUUGCUUAAGAAGGACUUGCAACUCACACAUAAAAAAAAAAAAAUUAAAAAAAAAAAAAUGACAAAAGACAACAACAAAAAAAAGAAGACAAAGAGAGCGAAUGAUUUGUAUGUGUGGUGCAUGAUGUUUUGGCAGGGAGGGGAAGAUACACUGGUAC